CGGCGCGAUCCUGUGUAUAAUUUAACCAGAACAAACAGUGGUCUAUGUCACAGAGUCCGUGUAACUGUGGUGCUUAACACCGUGCGUAAAGGCGCGCUGCGCGGCGGCAGCCCUCGUCUGUGGAUGGAGUUUAGACAUAUUUGCAGCUAAGUCCUGUACGGUGUUACCGGGAGAGUCGCUGAAGACGUCUCAGCGUCAUUUUUAGCUGCGUCCCUGUCAAAGUACAAAGGAAGGGAAUCCACAUUCACGGUUGGUUCAUUUUUUGCUGCUUUAAUAACCACUGUCUCUCUAAGAGCUGCUGUUUUCAUGCCAUCUUGGUCGAAUCUCUUCUUUCUCUCCCCUUUAUUCUUUCUAAUACAUUUUUUGAGUCACCAGCAGGGGGUGAUGCAGCACCCAUACUUCCCGCGGUACUGGAUACCAACAGUGUAAUAUUCAAAGUAUAACCUGUUUCUCGCCUACAACAUUGCCAUUGUCCCGAUUGACAAGGACAAUCAUUGAGGACUACAGCCUAAAAUAAAUACUGAACAAAAGGAAAACCAUCACACUUGACAAGAUGGUUGUCUCUUGCAGUAAAACGCUCCUGGCGAUGGUUUUGCUGUUCGGCAUGUUAUGCCUUUUAUUAUUGCUGUGCUUGAUGCCACCAUCUCUUCAUAUGUGUCCAGGUGCGCCAACGAUGCCGACAGUAGCAGAAGAAGAACGUUCUGAAGACACCGUUGCCACCGAAAAGCCCAUAGUCUUGCUGUGGUUCUGGCCUAAUAAUUACAAGUUUGAUUUAACAAAGUGCCCACACUACUUUAAUAUUGAUAGUUGCAUACUGACUGCCAAUAGAUCCCUGUACAGCCAAGCAGAGGGAGUCAUUUUCUUCCAUAAAGCUAUAGACGUCAGUUUGAAAAACAUGCCUCAGGAGCCGCGUCCAAGUUUUCAGAGGUGGAUCUGGCUCAAUGUGGAAUCUCCAUGGAACACAUGGAGGAAACCAGGUUUGCAAAACAUAUUCAACUUAACACUGAACUAUCGACGCGAUUCUGACAUUGUGUUGAGGAAUGAAGUGUCAAUCAGGAAUGAAGAGGUAAAUGACUUUGUUCUGCCCAAGAAGGAGAGAGUGGUGUGUUGGAUUGUCAGUAACAACAGCCCAACAACUGGAACUGGAACAAGAGAGAGAUUUUACCGUGAACUGUCCAAACACAUAAAGAUUGACCUCUUUGGUGCUGCAUUUACAGGGCGUCAUUUGAGCUAUGAAGAAUAUUACCCAACAGUUGCAAGUUGUAAGUUUUAUCUUUCCUUUGAAAACUCACUCUACAAAGACUACUUUGUAGAAAAGGUAAAUGGGCCCCUCGUAUCAGGGACGGUCCCUGUUGUUCUGGGUCCACCGAGAGAAAACUACGAGCAGUUCCUUCCCAAUGGCUCCUUCAUUCACGUCAACGAUUUCCCUGAUGCAAAAUCACUGGCAGAGUUUCUGAAGUAUCUGGACAAGGAUAACGACGCGUACAUGGCUCACUUUGAGUGGAGGAAAUACUACAAAGUUUCUCCUCAUUAUCUGACAAUGUACGAUAGAUUCUAUCAUCACGUCUGCGUCACCUGUGACUACAUUUCAAAAUACAAGGAGUACCAUGUUGUUAAUGACCUUUAUGGGUGGUACUUUUCGUGAACAUUACAGGGUGACAGGGUCAUCAUCUGGUUUUGGUAGUGGCUAUUUGACAAUAAAUAAUUUAAUUUAAUAUGCGGAGUCAUUGAGUUUUUUCCACUGUUAGGUCACUUUAUCAUUUUAACACAUGUUUUAGAACUUCAUGAAAUAAUUUUGGUUAAGAGGUACAUUCUAGGGUUUCUUCAGGUGUUUUACCCUACGUUUGUUUCAGAACUUGAAAUUAAACUGAAUCAGGUGUUUGUAUAAUCCCCCUGGGAAUUCUUAAUCUACGUUAAGAGGUUGUGUUAGAAAACUACUACCAUUUUAAGUGGAUUGGUUCUGUUCUCAACUGUUGUUUGAUUUUAUUGUUAUAUGAAUCGAAUAAAAUAAGUAAUCACAA